AUGAUAUCAGUAGCAUUUCAUGGAACAAGAGCAUAUCUUAUAGACAAAAGUCUUAUACCAAUAAUUCUUCUAUGGAUUGACCCAGUUGUUGGAUAUAACUUCAUAACUUAUGAUUCAUUCGAUACGGAACGUUGCAGUGAAGGCUUACUUUAUAUUGUUCAGAAACCGAAGGACUUCAAUACAAAGAGAUAUAAGAUAGGAAGAACAUAUAAUAUAACUCAAAGAUAUGACAGUACAGUCAAUAGAGUCAAGGUUGUGUUCGUUAAUGAUAUGAGAGCUGCAGAAACAGAACUGCUUGAAGUUUUUGAGAAAAUGUAUGGUGCUCCCAUGAAAGGUAAAGAAACGUUUGAAGUAGAUGAGAUAGAUAAAGCUAUAAAAUUAUUUGACGAAGUUGCUGAAAAAUACAUGUAA